CCGUCACGAUGAGCUUCAUCCAGCGCCGCGCCCUCUCCACCCUGAUCCCUCCCAAGAUCGCAUCUCCCAGUGCUAUCGGCGCAUCUCCUAAUGCCGUCCGCAUGCAGAAGGUCGUGAAUUUCUACGAGAAGCUCCCCCGUGGCGCCGCUCCUGAGGUUCAGGCCAAGGGCCUUCUCGGUCGCUACCAGAAGAAGUACAUGGGCAAGAAUGCUUCCGGCAAGCCGCUCGUCCACAUCAUCGCCGCCCUCAUUGCCCUCGGAUACGCACAGAACUACUACUUCCACUUGCGCCACCACAAGAACAACGUCCACCACUAAGCGCAGCCCCAAUGAUUCGAUCUGAGCGUUACGGUUGGGACGUGUAAAUAUAGAUGUAG